AUGUUUGUCUUAAAUCCACCUUACAGAUUUUUGGCUGUGAAAUAUAUAUUUUUAGCUCUGAGUUCAAACCCUUCACACCUGAAAGAGCUGGAUCUGAGCUACAAUCACCCAGGAGAUUCAGGAGUCAAGCUAAUCUCAGAAAAACUGGAGGAUCCACACUGCUCACUGAACAAACUCAAUGUGUAUCAUGGAGGGGAAUCCAGGAUUAUAGCAGGACUGAAGAAAUAUGCCUGUUUUCUCACACUGGAUGCAAACACAGCAAGCAAUCAUCUCCUUCUGUCUGAGGACAACAGAAAGGUGAUGUGGGUGCCUCAUUGUAAUCAGCUAUAUCCGGAUCAUGCAGACAGAUUUGAUAAUCCUCAGGUGUUUUGUCGAGAAAGAGUGUAUGGACGCUGUUACUGGGAGAUUGAGUGGAGGGAGAAACACAAUAACAAAGAGACUCAUCUCUCUGUGAAGCCCAUCAUCAUCAGAAAAACAGAAGUGUUGAAGUUCCAUAGAACAGGAGUGUAUGUGGAUAAGAGCGCAGGAACUCUGUCCUUCUACAGCAUCUCUGACACAAUCACACAUAUCCACACAGUCCAGACCACAUUCACUCAGACCUCUAUCCUGGGUUUACUGUGUCUUAUUUCGGAUCACUGGAUCUGUGUUGAUGAAUCAGAAUAG